CCGAAAUCCAAGUCCAGAACAAGAUAAAAGCCUGGAUCCUAAUCCGAACUUCGGGACAGAAAGUCUCCAUUUACAUUGACAUUAACAUCAACAACAACAACCCACGCCGCACCUUGACAUCAUUGGAAAAUUGCAACCUUUUUCCACGAGGUAGCGCCUCCAAACUUGACGACACUAGAGGUACCAGCUUUUCCACACCUCUCUCUCUCCAACAAAACUCAAGUUCGAUAUCAAUCAAGCCCAACCAAAACGGGACCACAACAACAAACAAUGCCUAUCACCACACGCACAAUCCUAGGCCUUCCCACCUCCCACAUCCCCCUCUUCCUCCACUUGUUGAUCGAAACCCCCGCCUCGCUCUCCUUUCUCUUGCGUCCUGAAUCGCAACUUCCCCUUCUUUCUUCAUCUUCCUCUUUCUCUUCGUCUUCCUCUUCCCCAUCACCAUCUCUAUCUCCGUCUCCCACCACCGAGGACCCCUCCUCUUCAACGAAUCAUCCUCCACGACAGUUACCACCCAUCACCGCCCAACAAGCAACAGAAGCCCGUCUCAUCCUCCGCAACUUUGGCGGCCUGCUGUUGAGCGUCAACUGCCUGGUUUUCUAUCUCCUCUUCUUGUUCCAUCAUCAAUUUUCUAGUACGAGUUUGCGUCCGGAAAAUAAAAAAGAUGAACUGAUUAGAGGAAUUACCGCGUGUUUGAGUCUUUACCAUGUGUUUCCGCUGUAUAGAGCUUGGAAGAGGAUUUGUAUGUCCUCUUCCUCCUCUUCUGCGGUGGAUGAAAAGAAAAGGAAGAAGGAUAUGAGAGAGGAGGAGAGGAAGGAGGGGGAGAAGGAGGGGGAGAAGGAGAAGGAGAAGGAGAAGGAAAAGGAAGAUAUGAAGGAUGAGACCCAAAAGACACUUGGUGGACCGGUGGUGCAUUUUGUGGUUCACAUGAUUGUGGGAGGGUUGAUGGGUGCUGCUGGUCUUGGACUUUUGUGA